AUGGAUCAUGGGUACACGUACGGUCUAAUUAAUGAGACGGACCGGUUGGCGUUGCUUGAGUUCAAAGCCAAGAUCACUGAUGAUCCUCUCCAGGUUAUGAGCUCUUGGAAUGAUAGCAUCCACUUUUGUCAAUGGCAAGGGUUUACCUGUGGUCGUCGACAUCAAAGGGUCAUUGUGUUGGACCUGCGAUCUUCGAAACUGGAUAAUAAUAAAAUAUCUGGCAAGAUUCCUACUGGGAUAGGAAAUUUGACCAAUUUGGAGAGACUAUACAUGUCGAAUAAUACAUUAUCAGUCAAUAGUCUCUCAUUCUCACCAAUAGAUAUAGACUUGUCAGGCAACAAAUUUACUGGUGUUCUUCUCAUGGAAAUAGGAAAUUUAAAAGAUCUAGAACACUUUGAUAUUUCUGAAAACAUGUUGUUUGGUGAAAUUCCUACAAGUCUUGGUAGCUGUGUAAAACUAGAAUUUCUAGCCAUGAGAAGAAACUUCUUCAAAGGAGUCAUUCCUUCAUCUUUGGAAUCAUUAAGAGGCCUCGAAACUUUAGAGCUUUCUAACAACAAUUUUUUUGGCAAUAUUCCAAGAUUUUUGGAGCACUUUGACUUCUUGCAGUUAUUGAAUUUGUCUUAUAAUCAAUUUGAGGGUGAGGUACCAACAAAUGGAGUUUUCAAGAACAUAAGUGCAACCGUGAUUAAGGGAAACAGAAAUUUAAUAUUGAAUGUAUCUUACCAAAGUCUCCUAAAAGCUAUAGAUGCAUACUCUACCACUAAUUUAAUUGGUGUGGGUAGCUUUGGAUUUGUAUAUAAAGGAAUUCUUGAUCAUGACAGACGUAAAGUUGCUGUCAAGGUGCUCAACCUUUUGCAGCAUGGGGCUUCAAAAAGUUUUAUUGUUGAAUGUGAGGCUUUACGAAAUAUCAGACAUUGGAAUCUGGUAAAGGUACUCAUAGCAUGUCCAGGUGUUGACUAUCAAGACCAUGAUUUCAAAGCAUUGGUAUACGAAUUCAUGACUAAUGGCAACCUAGAUGAGUGGUUGCAUCUGAUUUCAAGAAUAAAUGAGGUUCGUGAAGAACAAACAAAUUUGAAUUUUCUUCAAAGAUUGAAUAUUGCUAUUGAUGUUGCAAAUGCAUUGGAAUAUCUUCAUCAUUGUUGCCAUUCACCAAUUGUUCAUUGUGACCUCAAGCCUAGCAAUGUUCUUCUUGAUGAUGAAAUGAUUGGACAUGUUGGUGAUUUUGGCUUAGCAAGGUUCCUUUGUGAGGCCACCCAAGAGUGUUUCACUAAUCAAUCAAUCUCUAUUGGAUUAAAAGGAAUAGUUGGUUACAUUCCUCCAGAAUAUGGUAUGGGAAAUGAGGUGUCAACUUUUGGUGAUAUCUACAGUUAUGGCAUAUUAUUAUUGGAAAUGUUCACAGGAAAAAGGCCCACUGAUAACAUUUUCAAAGACGACUUGAACCUUCAUGAUUUCGUUAGAGGAGCUUUGCCCGAAUGAGUGAUUAACAUUGUGGAUCCUAUUAUUCUUUUGGAAAGAGAAGAUAUGGAAACAAGAACAAAUGAC